UUGUGUCGCGCUAGAUUCGAUGUUCUUCAGCUCUGAUGUCUUCAUUGUUAGUUAAUUACCUUGUACGACUUUCCACUGUUAUUAUUGCUUUACUACAAAAUACGAAUAAUGAAUUAUUGAAUUACCACGACACGAGCGAUAGUCGGUGCACGGGUGUCACUAUGGAAGAAUUAUUGUGAAGCAAAGCCUAGACAAAGGACACAAAUAUGAUAUACCACUUUAUAAAUCAUUUAAAAUUUUUUGUGUGCGUGUGUGGAAGUAGGGCUCGCUAAUACUUUUUUCUGCUCUUGACCUCCUGCCCAGUAGCUUAAAACGGUGAUCGCAUUUUCACAAGAUGUGUCAUCAAGAAAGUACCAAAGCAGUAUAGCAAACGUAUAUAAUAGACGCACAUAGAUAUGGUAUUGGGCUCGUAAUAAAAAAAUAUGCGGCCAUACAAUACAAGGUGCAAAUUUUUCUGGUGUCACUAUGCCAGUAAUCACACAGUCUGGAAAUCACGCGAACGCUAAAGGUGGUGUUUAUCUCCUUCGGUACCAUAAAAACAAACUGAUGCGUCACACUAAAAGUACUAUCUUUGUUUUAUUUACAUUUUCAAAUCGAGUACGGUCCGCAUGAAACGAUAAAGACGUGUAGUAUUGAAGUUUGUAUGUUAGUGGCCACUAAUAACAACAAAUACCGAUUUGUAGUUUUAUUCCAACUAUCAUUCUCACAAGGAUAAGUUUGUCGACACCUACUUCUGGGACAUGUAGAAGUGACUGAACGCGGUACUGUGAAAUGUAGAUCUAGAAGAGUGUUGCGUAAGGCAGUGAUAACAGGCCGAGUUGUAUUAGUCGUAUUCUGUUUUCCUGUAGUUAGUUGUGUACAGACAGUACUUGGAAGUAUAUUCGCGAAAAUGACUCUCAGGGUGUGUGCAAAUCUCAGCUUCAUGUUUCAAGAAACUACAUCACUUAUCGAACGAUACGCUUUAGCUAAGGAAGCUGGUUUUCGUGCUGUGGAAUGUGCUUUUCCGUAUGAAUAUCCCCUGGAAGAAGUUAUUUCAGCAAAAGAAAGUGCCGGUGUCGACCAGAUCUUAAUAAAUGUAUUUCCCGGUGACCCAAGUAAAGGAGAACUUGGGUUUGCAGCAAUUCCUGGACAGGAGGAGAAGUUUAAAGAAAGCCUCAGUCUUGCAGUUAAAUAUGCAAAAGGCCUUCACUGUAAACGGAUUCAUGUGAUGUCUGGAAAUGCUAAAAAUCCAAGCAGUGUGAAUGACGACAUUUAUGAGAAAAACAUUAAGUAUGCAGCAUCUUUGUUCGAGAAUGAGGGUAUUGUAGGAUUGAUUGAACCAAUCAAUCCACAUUCUGUUCCAAACUAUUACAUGAAUAAUUUUUCAAAAGGGCUGGACAUUGUCAGAAGAAUAAAUAGUCCAAAUCUAAGGUUGAUGAUGGAUUUAUUCCAUGUUCAACACUUACAAGGUGACCUGACACACACAAUUAAAACGGCCCUACCAUAUGUUGGCCACAUCCAGAUUGCCCAAGUACCCAACAGAAAUGAACCUGACACACCUGGUGAAGUAAAUUACAGCUACAUAUUUGAUGUUCUAAAAGAUAAUGGUUAUGAUGGUUGGAUUGGUUUGGAGUACAAACCAGCAAAGGGAACAAGAGAAGGGUUGAAAUGGAUUCAGAAUUAUAGAGUUACACAGUAAUUCUUGUUGAAAAAUAUUUUGUAGGGGUGUUUUCUGGAACAAAUAUUUCUAUUUUGGGAUUUUUUAAUUGCAAAGCAUGAAAAUAUAUGUAAUAAAAAUUUGAACUGUUAA